AUGUCGCGACACAGGAUAAUCGCGCCCGCCGAAAUCGAGCGCCAGAUUGCGCAAGGCGAGCCAAUCGUAAUUCACGAGGGCUAUGUCCUGCAUCUCGGAGAAUGGAUCGAUAGGCACCCGGGUGGUCGUCUCGCUAUCCUGCACAUGGUUGGAAGAGAUGCGACGGACGAGAUCAAUAUCUACCACACCAAUAAGGCCCUGCUUAUGAUGACAAAGCAUCGCAUCGGUCGUGUCCAAUUACCCUGGGCUAACCUUGAGCCUCCAAUCCGCUCUCCGGACUACUACAUAAAUCUCAAGGAGAGAAAGCGAUUGGCCGCGGCGCCAGAGUCCGAAAAGUCACGUCGCGGGAGGAGCGUCGACCUGGGAUCCGUUGGUCUACCCCACACUCCGUCGCAGGCUGCAGCCAUCAUCAGCAAGAAGUUGAUCGGAAAGUCGGAUACUUGUGUGUACCGCUCCAGCAGCCGACCAGCAAGCGACCCCGAGAAGCUCCCUCUUAUCGCAAGCGAAGACGAGGCUGAGACGCCCGUCAUCACCGCUGCAGAGGAGAAGAAGAGACACAGGGAGCAGUAUGCCAUCGAGCAAGAAGAGAGGGAGAUAGAGGAGGGCCUCCGGGAUAACCCUUCGCUCGACGUCGAGACGCAAAAGGUUAUUGUUCAAAACUACCGUUUACUCCACCAGCAGUUCAAGGACGAAGGCCUGUACCAAUGUCGCUACUCCGAGUAUGCCAAAGAGUCGAUCCGAUACGGCCUUCUCUUUGCUGCCUUUGGUGGUUUCCUCUACAUCAAGUGGUAUAUGACAUCUGCCAUCUUCCUUGGUCUUUUCUGGCAACAGAUCAUGUUCACAGCACAUGAUGCCGGCCAUCGUGGAAUUACCGGCAACUUUGUCGCCGACACCCUCAUCGGCGCUUUCAUCGCAGACUUUUGCUGCGGUCUCAGCAUCGGCUGGUGGAAGUCCAGCCACAACGUCCACCACCUUGUCACCAACAUGCCCGAGCAUGACCCGGACAUCCAGAACAUCCCCUUGUUCUCCACUUCUCCUACCUACAUCAAGUCCGUUCUAUCGUCCUUCUACAACUUCCAGUUUGUAUGGGAUGCCGCAUGCGAUGUCAUGGUCCCCUACCAAAAGUACCUGUACUACCCUAUCAUGGCUUUUGCUAGGUUCAACUUGUACUUCCUAGGCUGGUUGCAUCUCGUCUCACCACGAGCAGCACAGCUAGGCGCAGCGUGGUGGACACGACACGUCGAGAUUGUCUUCAUGUGCUGCUACUGGUAUCUCUUCGGUUACCUUCUCGUCUGGAUCACACUGCCUACCUGGCCAAUCCGUGUCGGAUUCGUCAUCGUCUCGCACAUGGUCACCAUGGUCUUGCACGUACAAAUCACCCUCUCUCACUGGGGCAUGCCCACCUCGGAUCUCGGACCCAAUGAGUCUUUCCCCCAACGUCAAAUGCGCACCACCAUGGAUGUCGAUUGCCCACCCUGGUUAGAUUGGUUCCAUGGCGGUCUCCAAUUCCAAGCCGUCCACCACCUCUUCCCCCGCGUACCGCGCCACAACCUCCGCCGAGGCCAAGAGCUAGUCCGCGAGUUUUCUUCCAAGACCGGUGUCAAGUACAACUGCUAUGGCUUCGUCGAGGGCAACAAGGUCGUCAUCAGCCGCUUAGAGCAGAUCUCGCAGAUGGUCAAGAUCAUGGUCGAAUGCCAGAACCACAUGGCUGAGACUGGCGAGAGCGGAUUGCAUUAG